AUGUUGGACCCUCCGGAGCCCCGCUGUACUUCUGGGGAAACUGAGGCGGUGCCCGGGCCAGAGCACCUGCGUCACCCUCCUCCCCCGCCUUCCCAGGAGCUGCCCAGGAAAGACGGGGCUGAUGUGUCCCUCGGACCCAGCCUGGAGCCACCAGGCGCAGCCUCAAAUGCCAAGGCCACGGGUACACUCAAGCGGCCCACCAGCCUGAGCCGCCAUGCCAGCGCUGCUGGCUUCCCGCUGUCCGGAUCCAGCACCUGGACGCUAGGCCGGGGCCACCGCAGCCCUCUGACCACCACCAGCCCCGCCGAGCUGCCCCCUGAGGGGCCGUGCCCCGACACCGUGGAGGACAUCUCCCACCUGCUGGCCGACGUGGGCCGCUUUGCCGAAGGCUUGGAGAAGCUCAAGGAGUGCGUUCUGCAUGAGGACCUGCUGGAGGCGCGCCGGCCCCUGGCCCACGAGUGCCUGGGGGAGGCCCUUCGUGUGAUGCGACAGAUCAUCUCCAGGUUCCCGCUGCUCAACACCGUGGAGACGCUCACUGCCGCGGGCACCCUCAUUGCCAAGAUCAGAGCCUUCCAUUACGAGUGCAACAAUGAGUCUGACAAGCGGGAGUUUGAGAAGGCCCUGGAGACCAUUGCUGUCUCCUUCAGUAGCACCGUGUCCGAGUUCCUCAUGGGGGAAGUGGACAGCAGCACCCUCCUGUCGGUGCCCCCUGGGGACCCCAGCCAGACCAUGGAGAGCCUGUACUCGCAGGGGAGCGAGGGCUCCACCCCCAGCACCGACGACCUGCCCGAACCGCUCAUCUCCUUCCGCCUCUACCACGAGCUCGUGGGGCUGGCCAAGGACAGUCUGAAGGCGGAGGCCGAGGCCAAGGCGGCAUCACGGGGCCGGCCCGACGCCGCCGAGAGCGAGGCUGCAGCCGUGGCCAUGGCGGGCCGGCUGCGGGAGCGCCUGCAGGGCCUGCCGCCCGAGAACAGGGCCACGCUGCGGUACCUGCUGCGACACCUGCGCAGGAUCGUGGAGGUGGAGCAGGACAACAAGAUGACCCCGGGGAACCUGGGCAUCGUGUUUGGACCCACGCUGCUGCGGCCAAGGCCCACCGAGGCCACCGUGUCCCUGUCCUCCCUGGUGGACUACCCCCACCAGGCCCGCAUCGUGGAGACCCUCAUCGCCCACUACGACCUGGUCUUCGAGGAGGAGCCCGAGGAGGACGCGGAUGACCGGCGGGCUGAGGAUGGGGUGCAGGCGCCGUGCCCGGAGGCGGGUGCAGGGGCUGCCCUCCCGCUGCGGGAGGAGGCUGCAGACGGGGGUCCAGAAUCCCAGGUGGCCUCCAACGACUCCGACUCCGAGGGGGAGGAGGCCUCGGAGUUGCCGUCCCCGGCGGGCAGGGGCGCGUACCGCCUCAGCUUCCUGGAGAAGCAGGGCAGCGAGGCCAGCGUGGAGGAGGCCCAGGGCAGCAGCAGCGAGGAGCAGCUGGGGGCCGGGGCCGGAGAGGGCCUGGCAGAGCAGCUUUCCGAGUUCAACACCAAUCAGUGCAACAAUGUGGCCGAGGUCGGACUGCCCGUCACGUGGCUCCACGGUGGGCAGAUCGCAGCGGGCACCGGCCACGAGAGGCAGCCCGAGUUUGUGUAGGCUGGGGCGCGGGGCACGCCGUGUGUUCCCGGCUCCCAUCCCUGUGGGUGUCCAGUCACCGGGAGGCCACGGGAGGCCUCUUCCUUCAAGCCCAUACCGGUGAGGGCAUUGCCGGCUGCCUCUUCCAGAAGCUUCCGGGGCACUUGGGUGAGGUCGAAGCCCGCUCCGUCUGCCCGUGUGCCCUGGCGACCCGACCCAGCCACGCUGGGAGAUCCCGCUGUCCAGUCGUCUGGGGACUGACUGUGUGCUCAGAGAAGCCUCGGACGUCCCUGCCGCGUGGCCCUGCCCCCGGGGCCAGCUGCCCUGUGGGCCUACAAGCUCUGCCUUGACCUCUCACCGCUGGGCCACCACCGAAGGCCACUCUGAAAGCCAGAGAGCAGCGGCCAGUGGCAGCACCACGCCCUUGCUUUCCUGGAAAACCGAGUCGGGACGCUUGGGGUUUAGGCACGUGGUGAGCUCCAUCUUGGUCACGAUGUACGUCUUUCACAUGCAC